CUCUGCCCUUUCCCCAGGCCGCGACUGACUCCUGCCAGUCGCCUGCGCAGCUCUCCGGGCGUGAACCCGCUGUCGCCGCGCGCUGCACCCCGCGGGCGCCGGCACCGCCCCGCCCGCGCCAUGCUUCUGCUGCUGGCGGCCGCGCUGCUUGUGGCCUUCGUGCUGCUACUCUACAUGGUGUCGCCGCUCAUCAGCCCCAAGCCGCUCAAGUUGCCCGGCGCCCACGUCGUGGUAACUGGGGGUUCCAGUGGAAUUGGAAAAUGUGUUGCUAUUGAAUGCUAUAAGCAGGGUGCAUUUAUAACUCUCAUUGCAAGAAAUGAGAACAAGCUGUUGCAGACAAAGAAAGAGAUAGAAAAAUACUCUGUAAAUGACAAACAGGUUGUGCUUUGUAUAUCUGUUGAUGUGUCUAAAGACUACGGACAUGUGGAGAACGUCCUAAAACAAGCUCAGGAGAAAUUGGGACCAGUUGACAUGCUUGUUAACUGUGCUGGAACAUCAAUUACAGGAAAAUUUGAAGAUCUUGAAAUGAAUUGUUUUGAAAACUUAAUGGCCAUCAACUACCUGGGUAGCGUUUACCCAAGCCAUGCAGUAAUUCCUACCAUGAAGGAAAGAAGGAUGGGAAGGAUUGUGUUUGUAUCAUCUCAAGCAGGACAGCUGGGGCUGUUUGGUUACACAGCUUAUUCUCCAACAAAGUUUGCUCUUCGAGGAUUGGCUGAAGCCCUGCAAAUGGAGGUAAAGCCUUAUAACAUCUACAUAACAGUUGCCUAUCCUCCUGACACUGACACACCUGGCUUUGCAGAAGAAAGUAAAACUAAGCCUCUAGAGACCAAACUAAUUUCGGAAACGUCAUCUGUGUGCCAAGCAGAACAGGUGGCCAGAAUUAUUGUCAAAGAUGCCAUACAAGGGAAUUUUAACAGUUACAUUGGUUCAGAUGGUUACAUGCUGUCAAUACUGACCAGUGGAAUGUCACCAGUAACUUCCAUUACUGAAGGGCUUCAGCAGAUGGUUUGCAUGGGCAUUUUUCGCAUCGUUGGUUUGUUUUACCUAGGAAGUUUUGAUAGCAUAGUUCGUCGCUGCAUGAUACAAAGGGAAAAAUCUGAAAGCACAGAUAAAACUGAAUAACUUUCCUUGAAUCAGAAGGUCACAUAAUAUUGGACAGCUUGCUGCUAAAUUGGACUCAAUUUCUCACCUGAAGACUUUAGAAUAAAGGCAUUUGGAUAUGUGAUGGAUGAGUUCGUGUGAAAAGCAAAUGAAAGAAAACAAAAGUACAACCCCAGAAAAUGCCAAACUAUGCAAAAAUAUGAAAGAGAACUAGAUUUUAAAGAUUUUUUUUUUUUCCAGUGGUUUGAAUUGCAGUAAUGUUUGAGGUUUGUUCAAGAAGAGUAGAAUUUCAUAGUGAGGUAUUGCUGGUAAUUCUGGACAAAUACUUAGGUUUUCUUAUUUUGGUGGUGCUUACAGGUAAGAAUGAAUACCAUGACAUACUCAACUGAAGAAGUUUUGAACUCCCCUUGCUAACUUGGUUUAGUUUGUGAACAGACUUCCAAGACCACAUUUUAAUUUGAAUGAUAACUUUUUCUCAGUGACAGUAAAUCUGUAGAUCUGUCUGUCAAUAAUGGCUUCUUUUGCUAUAUUCAUCGUGCACCAUUAUGAUGGGUAUGUGAACCUUAAAUGGUGGAAAUUCUUGUAUGAUCCAAGCCUUCUCAGUGUGGGAGUAAUUAAGAGGUAUGCUAUACUGAUGCAUACUCUCUAAAGGGAGAUGAAGAACCCAUUUCCUACAGAGAAAUGCUAGGAGAUGCAAUUUUUUCUGACUUUCUGAUGUAUAGCUUCUUAAAAAUAGAAAAUCAAAUCAUUAGUACAUAAGUGUUUUAAAAUGGCCGUGAAAGUCAUAAUUGUUUGAAUACUUAUAAUCUUCUAAUUUAUUCCCUUUCCUUUUGUUUUGCCAGUUUUGCUCUGGAGAGGAAGGUAGCUUCCGAUGCUGCCAUUGUGCACAUUUUUAAAAAGACUGCAAACAGUGAGCCAAAUGACAAUAGAAUUGGUUGUAAUUAAAGUGUAAAAAUAGCAGAUACUCUUCCAGUAGCAGGAAUGUAGCUUUCACAGUGUCAAAGUGGUAUUCUAGGUUAAUUGUUAUUCCUGGAUAGGAAUACACUUUUUUUUUUUUUAGGAUGGCAAGGUCUGGUUUAAAAGUACACUCUCUCUCUCUGUUUUAGCUGUUGCUAUAUGCACAUUGUAAUGAGUCAGGUUUGUUCUACAUCUGUACCAGAGGACAGUGAACACAACAGUAUCUUCUAACAAUUUAGUUUCCAACAUUGAAAAUGCUUGGUUUAUAACAAUGAUGGUAUAAAAAGGGUGCAGUAUAUACUGUUCAUUUAAUGGACAAUUACAGUAAGUGCCUAUGACGAGUCUUUUUGCAAAAGCUGCAUCCUUCAUAUUUGUUAGCACUGCUACAUCUUAGAUGUCAGGUUUUCCAUGAUCAAUCAGAAGUCUUAAUUUAAAACUGCUAGUAAAAUUUGGUAUUUGCACUUGACAAGAAUUGGUUUUCUAACCAGAUAUUUGACAAAAUUGCUGAUCUUUUUAAUGAGAAAAAGAGCAUUUGCAUAAUUCUAAACCCUCUUCCUAAAGAAUUGUUUAAUGGGAUGCUGUAGGAUAACUUUGUAUUUUGAUCCUUUAUUGUGGAAGAACUUCAAAAUGUAACUGCAAAGCUUUUCCUCCACCCAGUGUAAUUGAUGCAUUUUUACUUUUGGGUUUUUGGGUUUUUUUGCACUGGCACAGUUCAUUUUACAAGGUUCAUUUUACAAAUACAUAGGAGAAAAUUCACACUGUCCGGCAAAACAUUUAAAACCAUUUCACUCUCCUUGGGAUGUAGAUUAGGUUUUGUGAGAUGUUUACAAAGCCUAAAGUUUGGGUCCCUGCCAACUAGUGUCUCCUAAAUAAAUAUGUUUGAAGUUGUGCAUGCCUCUAAUCAUAUGAUUAGUUUUGAGAAUAGUAGGUGUUGUUGCAUUUCUAAACAUCUGAGUUUCUUACAGCAGAAUAAUCUAUUCUGCAUGUACAUUAACUAUUUUAUGCUGCUUAAUACAGACUGCAUAUUACAAAGCAUUUAGGAUAACCUCUGCAAUUGAUGUCUCCAUGGUUAUUCAAAGCCAACACAGCUAUGCUGUUAGGAUCCUAUGAUCUCUCUUAUUAAUGUGUAGGUUUCAGAUAUGAAUCAAAUGCAUGAUUUAUAGAAAUGUUUUUAAGCCAAUUACUGACUUGGUGAGUUAAUGUUUUCUAUCAGAACUAAAGUGCAUGUGAUUUGCAUCAGAAGCAUAAAUGCCAAGUUUUUUAAAUAACUAGAGAGCCCAAGUGCCUCAGUUUCUCAAUGCUGAACUUGACAUAGUAAAGAAUACUUAUUUUUCUAAAGAAAGUGCUGAGAGCAAAUUUAAAGUUUCUCAAGCUGGGCACCCUUGACUAACUAGUUACUUUGUAAAUCUUGGGUAUAAAUGAUGAAUUAUGAGGCAGAGGUGUUUUAAGAAGUAAGAUACUAUUGGAUGAAUUUGAUACUAUGAUCCACUCAUGCAGAGGCUUAAGCUUAUAUGUAACACUGCAUAUUCAGUAAAGCUUCUUACUGUAUGGAAGUCUCUAUAGAUUGGAUCUUCUGGCUAUUGUAGUUGCUUGAACCAAGUUUAAAAAAAAAAAAAAAAGCCCUCAACAUCUAAGGGUUACUUUUUUUGCUGGUGCAAACUACUGCACUUGGUUUACUUACUAAUUGACAGACUUUACAUGCAUUAGUAUUAUGACAUUUUGUAAUUGAAUGCAGUAAUUGGUUACAGCAGGGGUGUCAAACAGAUGACCCUUAGGUGGAAUUCAGCCCAUCGAGCCAGGUCUCCUGGUCCACAGACUUUGUCCCAAUCCUGGCUGUGAUAAGGGACCUUCCUGGCGCAGCAGCCAGCCACACACCCAGGUAACAGCCACUGGGCACAAGCCCAGUAUUGUGGUUGGUUCCUGUGUCAGCAGCCAAGCACCCAUGAUACCAGGCUUCUUUCUACAGUGCUGAGGCUUGUGGCCAGGUGAUUGAUUGUAGCUGUGGGAAGAAGCAGCAGUGCCAGACUUCCCACGGUGCUGCUGGGGCUUCUGCUUGGCUGCCAGGCACAUGAGUGAAAAUAGUAGCAGUGGAGCUCCAGCAGCACUACAGCUUGUUCCUGUGGCAGUAGCAAAGUACCUAGGAUGCCAGGGUCUUUCUCCACUGGGUCCCUGAUGUGGCACCUGCUCUAGCCAAUGUGGCGUCUUGUCCUAGACCAGUCCUGGACCAACCAGAGUGGGCACUAUGUGUACUGGAUCUCAUGUGUGGGGCGAGGGGAAUACAUGGGCCUGACCCAGCCCACAGGGCUGGUCCCACACCAUUCAUCCAGCCUGUGGACUGGUCCCAAACUGCUCAUCUGGCCUGUGGGGCCAGAUGACUUUUAUACCCCUGGGUUACAAGAAUCUAAAAUGUUUUAACCCAAAUUUCUGUUCAAGUUACUGUAACAAAUACUAACCUACACAUUUUUAAGGUGGGAGGGAGCUGAAAACAAGAAUACUAUGCAAACUUGCCUACAGAUUCUUAUUUGCAGCUAAAUUUAAUAAAGAAACCUGAAUCUAAAAACUUCAGUAGUGAAAUUGAUCUGUGAAGAAUCAAACAAACCUUUUACCACCUUUUGUCAAAUGACCAUAAUUUAAUCACUAGUGCCAUAACUAGUCAACAUCAUAUGCCUUUUUUUGAUCAGUUUUCAACUUGGUUUAGGUUUGAGAGUUGAACCAAAAAUGUUUCUCUUCCAUUCCAUGUAGCUUCUAAUUACUGUUUUAAAUACAGACUUAAUCAUAACAUUACACAAGCUAUACUUUUCUGUAGGGUGUUUAUGUGCAAUUUAAGUAAUUUAAUAUUUUACUAAAAUAUAAUUGAACUGUAAGGUGGUUUGCUGUGAAAAACUCUAGGCACUUUUAAAUGUUAACAAUGUAUAGGAUUAUUUUUAAAACAUUCCAUCUUGUGCUUGUUCAUAAGUACUUUUUGUGCUGAAACUGUAAACUAAUUUUCAUAUUUUGUAUUUCUCAAAAUAAAUGGAGGACCAAGAAAGCA